UUGCAACGCGCAGCAAUUUCCACACUCGCAGCACGGCGAAGGGCGAAAAAUAGUAUAGAGAUAAAUUUCCGUGUGCGCGUCUUGUCGAUGGUCGUCGGAAUUGCGGAAAAACCAAUUAAAAAGUGAAAUUGCACUCAACGUGAACAUUUUCAGGCCUCACCACUCCACAAAUUAAAUUGCGGCUGAGUGUUAAGUGCAGCUAACAGCUAACAGCCAACAGCCAACAGUUUUCCAAAUUUUCAUACAAGGGCGCAGCAAGGAGCGACCCAAGUGCUGGGAGGGUGGGUGUUUACUUUUGAAGUGCAUUUCACGUUUAGCGAUAUGAAAAAUUAAUGCUGCUAAUGGAAAAUGUGCAAUUAAGUCGAGUUGCCAGCCAGCAGAAGGUCAAAGUUGAUGGCAUCCCCCGCCUCCCACUCAAGUGACCUUCGGGCUUGAGGAACUUGCACCAAAUACGAGAACAUAAAUAUGUAACUGGUUGCGUGCGAAACGCAUUUCAGGGAUGUACUGUUAAGCCAUGGAGAGCUCGCCAUCCACAUCGAUCGAAAAGCAAAUCGACCACUUCCUGGAGCACUUCAAGCGCAGCGCCUCCAAGGCCAUCGAUGCCGAGUGGGUCGGCGGGGCACCAACAAUGGCAGCCACCCCAACUGGCCAGUCCGCCAGUCCGCAGCGACUUCCCAUGCAGCAUUUACUGCAGCGCACCAAGAGCCGCUCCAGCUGCCUGGACGUGUCGGAGUUGUCGGACAAUGACGUUGAGACGGCGCUGGCCGAGUCUCAGGCGAUCGUUAUGAGCGCCUCACACACACAACAGCGCCAACAACAGCUGAUCAAUCAGCAUAUGAUCGACUCUCAGAUCUCAGUGAGCAGCGGUGCCUCCAUACAGACCGCCUUCUUCCAGUCGCUCACCAAUUCACCGGCCCAUCACGCCGGGGGCAGCAACACGCAACUCCAGCAUACGACGUCCACGAUCAGUAGUAACUCGAACGGCUCUGUUAACUCUCAGGGUGUAGUGUAUGCGGCCGAGGCGCUUGGCACGCAGCGACCCCCUCAGCCCGCGGAGCACAUCAACUCGCUUCUGGAGCACAUCAGUCCGGCACAAGCAGCGGCGGCCAUGAGCGGCGAGGGUGUGCUCAACAUAGCCGAUGUGGCCGAUCUGCUGCAUCCGCAGCAUGCCAUCAUAACUGGUGGUCGUUCACAGGACGGCUGUCCACUGAUUAUCUUCCCGGACAACAACAACUUCAAUUGCCUCGAAGAAGCGGACUAUCAGAAGCUUAUUUUGUACCUCAGCUCUGUGCCAUCCCUACAAGAUGCUGAUCUUGGCUUUCAUUUAAUAAUCGAUCGACGUAAGGACAAAUGGACCUCAGUAAAGACGGUUUUACAACGCAUUUCCGUUUACUUUCCCGGCAUUAUACAUGUGGUCUAUGUGUUGCGUCCAUCCGGCCUUUUCCAGAAGGCUAUUUCCGAGGUUAGCUCCAAAUUCUCCAAAGACGAAUAUCGCUUCCGACUUGUGAUUUGCUCAGCGCUCUCCGAUUUGCAUGAGUUUGUCGAUGCCACCCAACUUACGGCUGAUAUGGGUGGAUCUUUGAUCUAUUCACAUCACGAGUGGAUACAACAACGGAUUUCCCUCGAAAAGUUCUCCAGCCUGACGCAUCAGGUGUCCGCCGAAUUGGACGUUUUCAUACAGGCCAUACACGAUACAGAAUUUCCCAAUUCCGUUGAGGCUACUCGAAAACUCUUGGAGGAUCAGGGUACCGACUAUGCUCGACUCAAGGAGGAAAUACUAGCGGCUGCAAAGCACGGCGAAGCUCUGCUCGAUAACAUCAAAUUAAACGAGGAACUGAAGGAAUUCUCCGAGCGCACUGGCAAUGUCAGCGCAAUUGAGAGACCCAGUGCAGGGCAGCCAAUGCAUCGCCAACAAAUUAUUUACCAUCAACAAUAUAAGUUUAAAAAACCCCAACAUUAUGAUGAUUGUCGCGAUUAUCGCAGACUGCUCGUACAACUGGAGGAGACAGAGCGUCGCUUCGAUGAGUUUUGGCGCACUCAUCGCAAUCGUUUGGAGCAGUGUCUGCGCCUCCGCAUGUUCGAGCAGGACUUCCGGGAGCUGCAGAACCUUUUCGAUGGCCACCUCCAGACUGUGGCAGACAUGACGGAAAUUGGCGAAAGCGUGGAGCGCGUCUCAACGCUUAUUGAGGAAACGCAACAGUUCCGUGUCUGCAUCAAAACGGAUGUGGAACGCGCCGAGGAUGUUAUACAGGCCGGCCAACAGCUGAUUGGCUCACGCGGCGUCUAUCCCUGGGAGAUUGUGCAACCAAAGUGCGAUGAGCUGCAACGUGUCUGUGACAUCAUCGGCGAGCGACUUAGCAAACGGCUAGAGAUACUGGCCAAGAACAGUGAGCUCAUGGAGAGAGUUGAAAAGGCUAAUCAGUGGUGUGCAAAUGGCGUGGAAUUGCUUGCCUCGCAGCGCAUCGAAAAGUGUUCGGUCUCAGCGGACUUGGCCGAGCAGAGUCUGCACGAGAUACAGGCUUUUAUAGCCUCAGCGUCCGAUUUCAAAUUGUCUAGUCCCAGCGAGUUCAAAAAGAUCUUCCUGGAGAGCACUACGCCCGAGACCAAAGCCCUUGUAUCGCAGGUGCUGCAACGCAUCGACGAUGUGUCUUUAAUGUGCGACAAACGCAUUGCCAGCCUCAAGAAGCUGGCGUUGAAGCCACCACGACCCGUGCAACAGGUCACACCAGAGCCAGCCGUGCCACUGCAACCACCGGGCGGCGCCCCGCACCUACUCAGACGCAAACUGAAUAAGACUGACGGCAUGCAUGAAUUGCGACCCAGAUCUAUGGAUGGUGUCGUUGACUCGGGCGUCUCUUUGAACGGCGACGCCAGCUCCAGUCCAGACAGCGGCGAGCACAUGCAAAAUCAACAGGACGCUGAAGCACGGCGACUUAAACGCGGACACGUGCUGACGGAACUUCUGGAAACCGAACGAAUCUACGUCAGCGAAAUGAGUUCGAUUCUUAAGGGCUACUGUGAUCAAAUGCAGUCAGAGGAACUCAUGCAUCUGGUGCCUGCCAGUCUGCAGGGGAAAGAGGAAGUGCUUUUCGGUAAUUUGCACGAACUCUACACAUUUCACAACGAGAUUUUCCUCAAGGAUCUGGAAAACUGCAUAUCUACUACAGAACUGGUGGCACUGUGCUUUGUUCAGCGGCGUGACACUUUUUAUCGGCUUUACUCGUUUUACUGUCAAAACAUACCGCGUUCGGAGCGCCUACGUGAAACCCUUGUGGAUACGCACCUCUUUCUCCAGGAGUGUCAGAAGCGACUGGGCCACAAGCUGCCGUUGGCAGCCUAUUUGCUAAAACCCGUUCAGCGUAUUACAAAAUAUCAGCUGCUACUCAAGGAUCUACUGCGCUUUAGUGACAGCGGUAGCUGCACAAAGGAGCUGCAGAAAGCACUCGAUUGUAUGCUGAUUGUGCUCAAAUGUGUCAACGACUCCAUGCACCAGGUAGCCAUAACUGGUUUUCCGACCGACUUGGCGCAGCAGGGCGAACUGCUGCUGCAGGAUUCGUUUCAAGUGUGGACAGAGUCAAAGAAGGAUAUACGCCUGCGCAUCAAGCCCCAGCAACGUCACAUCUUUCUGUACCAGAAAUCAAUGCUGUUCUGCAAGCAAACCUCAAAGCCAGGCCAUAACAAGAGCACCUACCAGUUUAAGCACCACGUCAAGAUGUCGCAAAUCGGGCUAACCGAGUCGGUUCGUGGCGAUACGAAACGAUUCGAGGUCUGGCUGCAGGGUCGCCAAGAGGUGCACACACUGCAGGCACCCACGUUGGACAUCAAGAACAAGUGGGUGGCUGAGAUCAAACGCGUGCUGCUCACCCAGCUGGAGGAGCUCAAGGGGGAGAAGAUCAAACAGUAUGGCUUGAAUCAUCGCGGCCUCAAGCAGACGACCUCGUGGGACACGCCGAACAUUAUUCUCGGUACGCCGAGCCGCGCCAUCAGCUGUGACGCCUCGUCGGAGUCCUCCAACCGAAACUCGAACUGCAGCAGCGACGAUAAUGUGCCCACAGGCACGGCCUGUGGCAGCAGUUCCACUGUAGGCAGUGGCGCCGACAAGGAGCAACAAGAAGCCUGUGGCUGGAGCUCCGAUUACUCGAACAGCGAGGACGAAAUAUCGCUGAUCGAAGACAACAGCACGCCGGGCAGCAAAUUCGUUGCUCUAGCUGACUAUACGGCCAUGGGACAUUCGGAGGUUUCGAUGCGGGAAGGUGAAACCAUCGAGCUCCUGAAGGUGGGCUGUGCCGGCUGGUGGUAUGUGCGCGUUUUAGAUACCAAUGCAGAAGGUUGGUCCCCAGCGGCAUAUCUGGAAUCGAUCAAUCGAAAAUCUUCUCGAUCAUCGAGCCGCAAUCAGGAGCGAAUGAACCUAAAAUAAAUGGUCAUCAUCGUGCAUUAGUCUAAGGAUGCCCCAAUUGAUGCCCCACUCACUAGCUUCAAACGCCUUUCAAUCGCACGCUUUCAAAACUAAAUCUAUCGCCUUCUAUAGAUAACAGAAUUUGAGCUUCAUAGGCAUAAUGGACUUAAGCUGCUCUACGAGCUCUAUUAUAUACUAUAUGUACAUAUACAUAUAUACACCAAUAUUCAUUUUAUGUUGUCUCUCAAGCAUUUGCAUACAUAUACUUAUGUAUGUAUGUAAAUAUGUUUAUAUCUCUUACCCUCUCCAACUUCUCACCGCUUCUCAGCGCUUUCUAAACACGUCUGAUGUUGUUUACACCUGUAAGGUCUUUAGAGUAUUUCUUGUUCUUAAUUUAUUUCACAAUUUUACUUUUUAAAUCGUAGACUUAGACAUCUUAAUGAAUAUUGUAGUGUCUAGUCUGUAAUGUGAAUUAUUUAUUCAGCAUUAAUUUAAGUUACAAAUAAUAGUGCAGCACUUAAUUGUGCUUCUGUAUGUGUUGUAUUUAAAUAGUUUCAAGAGUUAUAGGCAUUGUUAAGUGACAGUUUAGUCAAAUCUCAAUUUUGACUAUUAAAAUGUAUUUAUCACAUUGUUAUUCAAACUUGGAUCCACGAAUAAAAAAACUAGAUAUAAACAAACCAAUAACUUAAGUAAGUAUAUGCAUAUGAGAAGUAAUUAUAUGUGCUCGAUCUACUCUAAAUAUAAAUAUGCGUAUUGCUAUAGUUUAACCAUUAAGUAACAUUAACGUUAUACUUAUUGUCAAUGAAUAUAAAAUAAAGGGAAUGUUGAACAAAUAAAAUCCAUGGGAACACUAUCAAAAUAAAAUAUGUUUGUAGGACUCUCGCUUUCUAUCGCCACGCUCUACUGUACAUACCUAAUUAAAUGUUUAAUGUUAUAAUCAAACACAAA